UGCUGUAGGUGAAAGAAAGCUUCUUAUUGUGACCGGAGGUGUGGUGGUCACUAUGGCCAGUGUCCAUCAUUUGGUUACAUCUUGGUACCUGGAUUCAGGUAGAGCCCUGGUGGUCCAAGCGGCUGCCAACUUGAACAUGAGACUGGAAGAAUGGGUUGCAAUUCAAAGUGUAUCAGCCUGGCCAGAGAAAAGAGGGGAAAUCAAGAAAAUGAUGGAAGUGGCUGCAAAGGAGAUUGAACGCUUGGGUGGCUCUGCAGAUCUGGUGGACAUCGGCAAGCAAAAGCUUCCAGAUGGCUCCGAAAUCCCUCUCCCUCCCAUUAUUUUGGGCAAACUGGGUUCGGAUCCUGGUAAGAAGACAGUAUGUGUGUAUGGCCAUCUGGAUGUCCAGCCAGCAGCCCUGGAGGAUGGAUGGGACAGCGAACCCUUUGUCCUGGAAGAAAGGGAUGGAACUUCCUGUCAACCUCAAGUUUUGCUUUGAAGGAAUGGAGGAGUCUGGGUCAGAAGGCUUAGAUGAUUUGAUUUUUGCCCGGAAAGAUACAUUUUUCAAGGAUGUGGACUACGUCUGCAUUUCCGAUAACUAUUGGCUAGGAAAGAACAAGCCAUGUAUCACAUAUGGUCUGCGUGGCAUCUGCUACUUUUUCAUUGAGGUUGAAUGCUGCGACAAAGAUCUUCACUCUGGGGUGUAUGGAGGUUCUGUUCAUGAAGCAAUGACUGAUCUCAUUCUCCUAAUGGGCAGUUUAGUAGACAAGAAGGGAAAAAUUCUUAUUCCUGGAAUAUAUGAAGCUGUGGAACCUGUCUCAAAUGAUGAGAAAGCAAUUUAUGAUGCUAUUGACUUUGAUCUUGAGGAAUUUGCUAAAGAUGUUGGUGCAAGUAAACUCCUACACGCAUCAAAGGAUCAGAUAUUGAUGCACAGGUGGAGAUUCCCUUCUCUCUCUCUUCAUGGUAUUGAGGGAGCUUUCUCUGCCGGUGGAGCCAAGACAGUUAUUCCUAGGAAAGUCAUUGGCAAAUUCUCUAUCAGACUGGUGCCCCACAUGAAUCCAGAUGAUGUGAAGAAACAGGUGGAAGACUACUUAACUGAGCAGUUCAAAGCUUUAAAUAGUCCUAACAAAUUUAAAGUUACAAUGGGUCACGGAGGAAAACCUUGGGUCUCAGACUUCAACCACCCUCACUACCUUGCUGGAAGGAAAGCCAUGAAAUCUGUGUUUAAUGUGGAACCUGACCUGACCAGAGAAGGUGGAAGCAUUCCUGUGACUCUUACCUUCCAAGAAGCAACUGGGAAGAAUGUUAUGUUGCUCCCUGUUGGCGCAGCAGAUGAUGGGGCACAUUCCCAAAAUGAAAAGCUUAACAGGUACAACUAUAUUCAAGGCGUCAAACUUCUGGGAGCGUACCUGUAUGAAGUAUCUAAGCUGGACUAAUUCUGCAUUCAAGUCCUCUUUUUAAAGAUAAAAAGUAGUACUUAUACAUGCAACUUAAAAAAAACAUCCUUGAACCUUACAUUUAUGUAUUUGAAAUACAUUAAAACCAACAAAAACAAC